CUAAAACGAAAGAGAGAGGGAGAUGGAGGGAAUAGAGCACAGGAAAGUGGAAGUGAAUGGCAUAAAAAUGCACAUAGCAGAGAAAGGAGAGGGUCCUGUGGUCUUGUUCCUCCACGGCUUCCCCGAACUCUGGUACUCCUGGCGCCACCAGAUCCUCGCUCUUAGUUCCCUAGGAUACCGCGCCGUGGCUCCUGAUCUGCGUGGCUACGGUGACACCGAGGUUCCACCUUCGGUCACUAGCUACACCUGCUUUCACAUAGUGGGUGACAUCGUUGCACUUAUAGACUCUUUGGGUGUCGAUCAAGUGUUCCUUGUGGCUCAUGACUGGGGUGCCAUCAUUGGUUGGUAUCUCUGCAUGUUUCGUCCUGAGAAAGUGAAGGCCUAUGUAUGCCUCAGUGUUCCUCUCCUCCACAGAGACCCCAAAGUUAGAAUAGUUGAUGCCAUGCGUGCUUUGUAUGGAGAUGACUACUAUAUCUGCAGAUUUCAGAAACCAGGCGAUAUGGAGGCUGAGAUGGCUCAAGUUGGGACUGAGUAUGUCAUAAAAAACAUACUUACCACUCGCAAACCUGGUCCUCCAAUCUUACCCAAGGGAAGCUUUGAAUUCAAUCCAGAAAUGCCGCACACCUUACCUUCUUGGCUAACACAAGAUGAUCUUGCAUAUUAUGUCUCCAAAUUCGACAAAACCGGCUUCACCGGAGGCUUGAACUACUACAGAAGUUCCAACUCAAAUUGGGAGCUGACAGCACCAUGGGAUGGGGCGCAAAUAAAGGUGCCGGUAAAAUUCAUAACAGGUGAGUUGGAUGUGGUAUACACCUCGCUUGGCCUAAAGGAGUAUAUCCAUGGUGGAGGUUUCAAGCAAGAUGUUCCCAAUUUGAAAGAAGUGAUUGUGCAGAAAGGAGUAGCUCAUUUCAACAACCAAGAAGCACCAGAGGAAAUCAAUACUCACAUUUAUGAUUUUAUCAACAAGUUUUGAUCUCAUUCGAAAAGGUCUAAAUUAUUCAUCUACUGGAGUGGAGAAAACCCCUUAUCAACUCAUACCUCGAUGCAUGUGUGUUAUAAUAUAUGUUGAAGCCGCUAUAGAAUUUCUUUCUUUUUUUUUUUCUUCUUUCAAUCUUAUCAUGUUUAUACGAUUAUAACAUGUUCUCAUUAAUAAAUUUAUCAUAAAACAUAAUUUGAAAUAUAUGUAUUUGGAAUUGAGCUUUAA